AUGGACAAAACGAAGUGCUCAAAGAAGAGUGUGGUGACUCGCAGUCAACGGCAGAAACAGAUGACGAAGACGCAGCGGAGAACCGACAGAGGCAAGUCGAAGUCUAGCCAGAGUCCGAGGUCAGUUGGAAGUGCACUCCAUUGAGACGACCGCAUUUGCAGUCAGAAGAAGAAGACGUCGACGAUGACGGCGAAGAGAGCGCCGAAGAUUGCGGCGGUUCCGUCGAAUGCAACCGAUCCGAAAGAGCAUCCUCAUUUGGAGCACAAAGAGAAGAGGGAGGAGAAGAAGGAGGAAAAAAAGGAAGAAAAGAUGAAGGAUCCGCCGAAGAAGAAGAAGGAGGCGGAGAGGAAAGUGGAUGCGACGCAGGAAGACGUACAGGAGGAAGAGCCGAAGAAAGAGGAGAAGAAGGAGGAACCGGCGCCCGCGAAGGAGCCGUCGAGUGGGCUCGAAGUGCUCAUUAAUCAGGAGAAGGCGCCCGUCAAAAUGGACGACGGAUACGAGGACUUCGGACCGGGAGCCGCAUCGUGA